CAGAAUCGGUGCACAAUUCCCUUUACAGCUCAGUGACCAUUAAAAUCCUUCUUCCUGCACGAAGGCCCAGAGCUGCAGAGUGGCUUCUCUCCUUGGACCUGCACUGGGCCCUGGAGGGACCAGACAGAGCCUCCUGGGACCAUGGUUGGUCUAAAGCCUUCAGAAGUACCUACCACAACAGCUGUGAAGUUCCUGGGGGCAGGCACGGCGGCCUGUUUUGCUGACCUCCUCACCUUCCCACUGGACACGGCUAAGGUCCGCCUGCAGAUCCAGGGGGAGAACCAAGCGACCCAGGUGGCCCGGACCGUUCAGUACCGUGGUGUGUUGGGCACCAUCCUGACCAUGGUGCGCACUGAGGGGCCCUGCAGCCCCUACAACGGGCUGGUGGCCGGCCUGCAGCGCCAGAUGAGCUUCGCCUCCAUCCGCAUAGGCCUCUAUGACUCCGUCAAGCAGUUCUACACCCCGAAAGGAUCAGACCACUCCAGCAUCGCCACCCGGAUUUUGGCAGGCUGCACCACAGGGGCCAUGGCAGUAGCCUGUGCCCAACCCACGGAUGUGGUGAAGGUCCGAUUUCAGGCCAGCAUUCACCUUGGGCCUGGGAGCAACAGAAAGUACAGGGGGACAAUGGAUGCCUACAGGACCAUCACCAGGGAGGAAGGGCUCAGGGGUCUGUGGAAAGGAACUUUGCCCAACAUCACAAGGAAUGCCAUUGUCAACUGUGCUGAGAUGGUGACCUACGAUAUCAUCAAGGAGAAGCUGCUAGACCAUCACCUGCUCACCGACAACUUCCCCUGCCACUUUGUCUCUGCCUUUGGAGCUGGCUUCUGUGCCACGGUUGUGGCCUCCCCAGUGGAUGUGGUGAAGACCCGGUAUAUGAACUCGCCCCCAGGCCAGUACCGCAGCCCCCUGGACUGUAUGCUCAAGAUGGUGGCCCAGGAGGGGUCCACAGCCUUCUAUAAAGGCUUUACACCUUCCUUUUUGCGGUUGGGAGCCUGGAAUGUGAUGAUGUUCAUAACCUACGAACAGCUGAAACGAGCCUUGAUGAAAGUCCAGAUGCUACGGGAAUCUCCGUUUUGAAUAGGACAGGCCACUUGAGACUUAACUGGAACAAAACCAGUUAAGAAUGGAAUAAAUUAGUGAGUCUAUGCAUACAGGAACACAGACCCACACAUGUUUACAGAACUGUUUACUUGCUGCUGACUCAAGAAACAGAAGUAGAAGAGGAGGAAAGAUUCUGGUCUUCAGUGCGUUGUCUUGAGAACACUUUUGUUUUGCACUGACAAGAUGGAAAAGAAAUUAUAUUAAUUUUUGAAACCCAUUAGGUUGGAUGCCUAACAUUUAGGCAAGACAAAAUAAAACAGAGCCAUUUGGAUAAAAUGGAAGUUUGCAAACUAUGUCCCCUGAAAAAUCUGAUUAGACGAUGAAUUAUGAACAGGAAAGACUGCGAGCAUGAGACAGGAGUGGCUCAUAACUUGGAAAUCAGCUAAGGAGUCUAGAGGGACACAGUCAAAGCAACACAGAGCUGUGGCUACUGCCUUUGAUUAACUAUGGAUCAUCGGCCAUAUGUGUAAUAAGUCUGCUGUGUAGAAUCCAUUUGGAUUCUAGAAAAUUUGAGGGGGAGCACUGCUGGGCCAGUGUGAGGUUGACUCAUAAAUAGUCCCUCAUGACACUGAGAAUCCAGAGGACAGCCUCAGUCUCCUUUCCUGUAAAAUGGGAGUAAUAAUCCCAACGCGGCUACCUCACCAGAGGUAGCAUGAGGAUCAAGUGAGAAGCUGGAAGGGAAAGCGCUUUAUAAAAUCUCUGUACAAAUGUAAAUAUAAGGACAAGGCCAUGGGAAAGAUUUUUGUCUGGACAGUGAGGAAUUGCCAGGGAAGAAGUUUUUCAAAGAUAGUUGUCUAGAGGUGCGACCAAAGGAAUCAGGAGCUCCAGGACCAGGAAUGACAGAGGAUGACGUGCAGCUGUGUGGGAGCCCUACUCCCAUGCAGCCCUCUCCUCCUGGCUGGACUGCGAGGCACCUUGAACAGUGCGGGGCUUUGGAAAAAAGAGGUAAAUGCCAGGCUGAGAGCCUAAAGUAUCAGGACUCAGAAUUUUGGAAAAUUAUUAUGACUCAAUAAAGGAAUUCACACCUUGGGUGUUGGAAUGAGAACAGGCACUUUUCUUCCUUUUCCUUCUUGGACAGAAUUUCCCUUUCUCACUUCAGGCCAGAUCUGGCCCCACACGCCCACACUGCUUUGGGCUCUCUCUCCGCAGGCUGGUUGCUCUGCCUUUUAGGGCUUUAGCUCCUCUAUCUGUAAAAGAGUUAAACCAGAUGACCUCCUUCUAAAUUUAAGACUAGACAUUUUUCAGGUUGAUAAUGGGGACGCAGAAUGCUUGUCUUUUUCUGCUUCUUAGCAGCUGUGUGGCUCUGAUGACAGAACUAGGUUGAAACCUCGCCCCGCACCACCUUACUAGCAGCCCAACCACCAGGAAUCCUUGCACCUCAGUUUUCUACCAGAGAAGUGGGAAUAAUUCCUACCUGGCAAGAAUGUUCAGCACCGUCACCCCUCUUUCUCUGCUCUGACUCCUCUGUACCCUGGGAAAAAGUGAAUAUCUACUCACUUCUCAUCUCAGCACUUUCUUAAGUUUAAAUUAUAAUUUGAGAUCAUCUACAUAUAUA